ACAGUAGAACCUGCCAGCCUGUGAUGAUCCUACCAAAGAGAAACCUCAGUGAGUUACGGAAUUUCCUUUUUGGUGAAUUGAGUGCUGUUUUUGCUUUUCUCAGAUUCUAAAUGAGAGUAUACAUUUUUCUUUGUUUGAUGUGCUGGGUGAGAUCUGAGAAUAAAAGACCAUGCCUUGAAUUCUCUCAGCAAAGUGUAAAGGAUUCCUUCAGAGAUUUAUUUAUUCCGAGAAUAGAGACCAUUCUGAUGAUGUAUACAAGGAACAACCUAAACUGUGCUGAGCCACUGUUUGAACACAAUAACUCACUUAAUGUUAAUUUCAACACACAAAAGAAAACCGUCUGGCUUAUUCAUGGAUACAGACCAGUAGGCUCCAUCCCAUCAUGGCUUCAGAACUUCCUAAGGAUUUUGCUGAAUGAAGAAGAUAUGAAUGUAAUUGUAGUAGACUGGAGCCGGGGUGCUACAACUUUUAUUUAUAAUAGAGCAGUUAAAAACACCAGAAAAGUUGCUGUGAGUUUGAGUGUGCACAUUAAAAAUCUUUUGAAGCAUGGUGCAUCUCUUGACAAUUUUCAUUUCAUAGGUGUGAGCUUAGGGGCUCAUAUCAGUGGAUUUGUUGGAAAGAUAUUUCAUGGUCAACUUGGAAGAAUAACAGGUCUUGACCCUGCUGGGCCAAGGUUCUCCAGAAAACCACCAUAUAGCAGAUUAGAUUACACUGAUGCAAAGUUUGUGGAUGUCAUCCAUUCUGACUCCAAUGGUUUAGGCAUUCAAGAGCCCUUGGGACAUAUAGAUUUUUAUCCAAAUGGAGGAAAUAAACAACCUGGCUGUCCUAAAUCAAUUUUCUCAGGAAUUCAUUUCAUUAAAUGCAACCACCAGAGAGCAGUUCACUUGUUCAUGGCAUCUUUAGAAACAAACUGCAAUUUUAUUUCAUUUCCUUGUCGUUCAUACAAAGAUUACAAGACCAGCUUAUGUGUGGACUGUGACUGUUUUAAGGAAAAAUCAUGUCCUCAGCUGGGUUAUCAAGCCAAGCUAUUUAAAGAUGUUCUAAAAGAAAGGAUGGAAGGAAGACCUCUUAGGACCACUGUGUUUUUGGAUACAAGUGGCACAUAUCCAUUCUGUACCUAUUAUUUUGUUCUCAGUAUAAUUGUUCCAGAUAAAACUAUGAUGGAUGGCUCGUUUUCAUUUAAAUUAUUAAACCAGCUUGGAAUGAUUGAAGAGCCAAGGCUUUAUGAAAAGAACAAACCAUUUUAUAAACUUCAAGAAGUCAAGAUUCUUGCUCAAUUUUACAAUGACUUUGUAAAUAUUUCAAGCAUUGGUUUGACAUAUUUCCAGAGCUCAAAUCUGCAGUGUUCCACAUGCACAUACAAGAUCCAGAGUCUCAUGUUAAAAUCACUUACAUAUCCAGAAAGACCACCACUUUGCAGGUAUAAUAUUGUACUUAAAGAAAGAGAGGAAGUGUUUCUUAAUCCAAACACAUGUACACCAAAGAAAACAUAAGAUGCCUUUUUCCAUCAAAUGCACUUGUUUGUGAAUUAAUGGACUUGUAAAUGAAACAAUGCAAUCAGUCUUUCUUUUAUAAUGCACUGUUCAAUUUGGGAUUCAGGUAUUUCUAUUUCUUGAAAAAAAUUUUAAGAAUCAAAAAUAAAGAAAAUAAAAAAUGCAUACAGUUAAGCAUUCCAAA